AACCCGUUUCCCCGUGACGACAGGAGGAAAAGUGCCGCUUCUGCCGCCGGAAGUACCCCCUCCCCCGGGCCGGCUCCGAAGCUGCACCGCCUGGGGGAGGCGGGGUGACGGAGCUGAGACAGACAGCCUUCACAUUUGUCAAGAUGACUGAGAGACCUGAUAUCCUCCAUUUCCAGUUUGACAACUACGGUGACUCAAUGCUGCAGAAAAUGGACAAGCUGAGAGAAGAGAAUAAGUUUUGUGACAUCACAGUCCGCAUAGAUGAUCUUGAGAUUCAUGGCCACAAGAUUGUGUUUGCUGCUGGCUCUCCCUUUUUAAGGGACCAAUUUCUGCUGAAUGACUCCAGAGAAGUGAAAAUUUCCAUUCUGCAGAGUUCCGAAGUAGGAAAGCAGCUGCUCCUGUCCUGCUACAGUGGCAUCCUGGAGUUCCCUGAGAUGGAGCUGGUGAAUUACUUGACGGCUGCCAGCUUCCUUCAAAUGAGUCACAUUGUGGAACGCUGCACACAGGCCCUCUGGAAGUUCAUCAGGCCGAAGCAGCAACUGGAGAAGAAAGAUCCAAGUGAGAAACAAACUGGCUCUUCAGAGCCAAAGGGACCACCAGCUGCAGAGGAAGAAGAGGAGGAGGAGGAAGAAUCCUUACAGCCAGAUUCCCCUUGCAUACAGCCCUCUGAAGAUAGCAUGGACAUGGAGGACAGCGAUAUACAAAUAGUGAAGGUGGAGUCCAUUGGGGAGGUUGCAGAAGUUAGAAACAAAAAGGAUCAGAGUUCCUUUAUUUCUUCAGAGCAAAACACUCUCCAUUCAUCCGAGCCUCAGCACUCCCUCAUCAAUUCCACAGUGGAGAACCGAGCCAGUGAAAUGGAGCAGAGCCAGCUCCACAACUAUGCUCUCUCAUACACAGGGGGUGAUAACCUCUUUGCAUUUGGCCCCAGCAACCGGGGAGUAGACAAAGGGCUCCAGUGGCACCACCAGUGUCCCAAGUGCACUCGUGUGUUCCGGCACCUGGAGAAUUAUGCCAACCACUUGAAAAUGCACAAGUUGUUUAUGUGCCUGCUGUGUGGCAAGACUUUCACACAGAAGGGCAACCUCCACCGGCACAUGCGGGUGCACGCUGGGAUUAAGCCUUUCCAGUGCAAAAUCUGUGGGAAGACCUUUUCACAGAAAUGUUCCUUGCAGGACCACCUCAACCUGCAUAGCGGGGACAAGCCCCACAGGUGCAACUAUUGUGACAUGGUCUUUGCCCAUAAGCCUGUCCUGCGGAAACACCUCAAACAGCUGCAUGGCAAAAACAGCUUUGAUAAUGCCAAUGAGAGAAAUGUCCAAGACAUCACAGUGGAUUUUGAUUCCUUCAGCUCAGGGGUGGAGUCAAAAGCCUGUUUGCAAGCUGAUGCCAGCCAGGUGCUAGAUGGGGGAAAGCUGGCACAAGCGGUUCUUAGUUUACGAAAUGAUGGUGCUUGUGUGAAUUAGAGUAGGUUUCUAAGUGUCUCUGUCGGUGCACAAAUGCAAGAAGAAAUAUACAGAGCGGCGUUGGACAUUUACUUGGGUAUCAGUUGACAGGUCCCAAAAGCUCUUUGAAUCACUCGCAAGAGCUGAAUGAGGAUCAGCAGCAGGUCUACAGCUUCCAUCCUAGAGUGACUUGAUGUGUUCUCUGACUUCAAGUGUUGUCUCUACCGUGAGAAUAAUGCCAGUUAGCAUAGGCCUGCCUCCACUGAAGUUUUGAGUGGCUCUGUUUCUAAACACCUCUCCAAAGCAUGGUGUGUGCACAGCCAAGGAGCAAUUACCUCCUUAUGGGCCAAGGGAGAGCAAAGAUAGGGGACAGAUUUGAACCUCCAGAACUAAGUUUUUAAGCUAAAGAAAACAACCCUGAGUUCUUAAAGAAGAAGGCGGGGGAAAAGCACUGGAUCAUUAUAAACAGUUGACAUUUGUUAGUCCAACUGUGGGUUAUUUGUUAAAAGCAUCAGGUAUUGGCCUUCUGUUGUUACCCUACAAUGACAUUGGCCCUCUUAUCAUGUUUGAUUCCUAGGAAUUGAAGUCUUUUUUUGUAAGUAAAACUGCCUAAGGCUGCUGCGCUAGUAAGGGAAAACAGAGGGAUUUGGCAGCAGCUGUGGCCAAGAGAGGGAUCUCUAUUUUGCUAUAGCAUCUGGCACUCACCUCUGAGCUCUACACAAGCACAUUUCCCACUGGCCCUCUUCCCCACUCACACCCUUCCCCCAUCUCAGCCUCUGCAGAAACGGGUUAGAAUAGAGAGAACUGCAUGUCUCCCUUGCCUCUCUGCCUUCUCCCAUGCCUUUCUUUAGGCCGGGGGGAGCAUCUGUCUUUCUGACUACAGGCUGCCUCCUGAUUCAGAUAGCAGAUUCUGCCACAGCAAAGAUUUUUUUUUUCUGAACUAGUCUGCCCUUCCUCUUUCUUGCCCUUUUGUUGUCACCUGAACCUUGCAUUGCUUGUGGCUCCUUGGCUCCUUCCCUGUCCUAUCCUUCCGUGACCUUGAAUAUAAGCACUCUGGGUUAGGGUCAGAGCUCCUUAGUGUUGUGAAUGAUGCUUAGAAAUUCUGUUGGCACUCGAGGCAUAAUAUUACAGGAUCAGGGUGAGGUUGCAUCAACUGAGCAGGUGAAGCUAAACCUUCCCAAUCCUUCAGAGCUCUUAAAAUUAUAGGCACUCCAGGGCAGUUACGAGUUUUUAACCGUGACUCCCAACCUAAAGCUAAUUUCUGGGGUUACUGAUGUAUAUAUUAAAAUGUGGGAGAUGACAGACAGUACAUUAUAGAGGUUGGAGUGUUAGAGUAGAACUAGGGAUACCCAGGUUCAAAUCCCUACUCUGCCAUGAAGCUUCCUAGGUGAUUUUGGGCCAUUCAGUCUCUUCUUAAUCCACCUCACCAGAUUGUUGUGAGGAUAAAUUGAGGAGCGAACAAUGCGUGUUGUCUUGAGUUCUUUGGAGGAAGAGCAGGAUAAAAAUUAAAUAGAAGAUAAUUUCAUCAGUCAGAUAAUGCCUAAAUGCUUAUUGUGGUUGAUCAUGGAUGGCUGGUGGAUUCAUUCCCUUCCUCUGGCCAGCAGGCCAUUGUUGGGUCUGAGUACAUCUAGACUGAGCUUAAGCGACAUGUUCCUCUUCAGGUCUCUGUGCUCUUACUACUGUGGGCAAAGAGGUAGAAACAGAACAUGGAAAAGGAAUUCUCUGAUCUCAUUGGUCAAUAAGUGUUCUUAUGGGAUGGACAAAAGAGGUAUCUGUUGUACAUACAGCAUUUUCCACUGGAUUAUCUUGCCUUCCAUAUGUACCUCCCAGACUGAAACCUCCCCAUUGGUUUUCAAUAAAAUGUUGCUGUUCUUUAUAAGUUUGAAACAUACAACUUGCUACUAAUCCAACUUUAAAACUUAUUAGGUUUCAAGAGGAAACUCCUCUUUUGCAUCAGGGAAUUCUUGGGCUGAUCUUUUGGUAGUUGUAACAUGGCCUGUGUGUUUCCAUAAAACCUAAUCAUGUCAGGCAGAAAAACCUUUGUGCUGUCUGUUGGCUGGGCUUAGUAUCUAGUGCUCUCACUGAUUAGAUCUGCUGUACAACAACCCCCCACCAACUUCUGAGAAAUAAGAGAAAGGCAUUAAAUGUGAGGAGACCCUCUGACAUAUGUGCAGACAUCUUGUUACAUUUCCCACCCUUCUGCUUUGAAUGAGUCUCCUUCCUGCAUUGAAGAAAGAGGAAAUGAAGAGCUCUCAUGGCGGCAGGGGGCGGGGGUCAAGAAAACAGUAAGAAGAGAUGGAGUUUGAUCUCCCUCCAGCCAGAGAAACUGGUUGCUGAGUAGCAGCUAUCCUGUGACACUGUCCAACCUGCCAACUUCCGUAUAUUGCAGAUGGUUCUUGAUGAGAUGUGGGUAGAAGUGCAGACAACAUGACCCCAGGUUAAAGAGAUCCAAUAUGGGAAGUCUAUGCUUGACUGAGGACCUAAAUUUUAAAAUUGCCCCUUUUGAGAAACAAGACUUCUAAACAGUCAAGGCAUCUGAGACUGCGUGCUUGAAUCUAAGAGCACAGAAAGGAUCACUCACCUUGGUGUGUGUGUUUGUGUGUGUGCAAACAGAGACAUCCCAUUGACUCAAAAUAAAAUGGCUGUAUCAUC